AGUCAUCUUGCGCCAACUUAUUUCCUAGUGGCCGUGGAGACAGUUGGCAACAAGAGCCGCCAAACGAAAGCUCGCGAGCUCUCGAAAUCGUUUCUUCUCGACUCUCUCCUCGCAUCUGCCCCGAGCUAGACCGCAGGCAGCAAUGGCGUCGCCGGUGAGGAGGAUCAACUUGGGGUCGCAGGGUCUCGAGGUCUCGGCGCAGGGGAUGAGCUGCAUGCCCAUGCCCCUCUACUUCGACCCUUCCAAGACCCUCGCCGACAUUACAAACCUCACCCACCACGCUGUCCGACGCGGCAUCACCUUCCUCGACCCCUCCGACAUCCGCGCCGCUCCCGAAAACGAAAUGCUCCUCGGAGAGGCCCUGAAGGAAUGGGUGAGACCCAAUGUUGAAUUGGCGAUCAAGUUUGGAAUCAGCUCCGCGGACGGGAAAAGGGUGGUCCGGGGUGAUCCGCCAUACGUGAGGGCUGCUCUCGGGAACAGCUUGAAGAACCUCGGCGUCGAUUGCAUCGACCUCUACUACUACUACCAAUACCGUGUCGACCCUCACGUCCCCAUCGAAGACACUAUGGGGGAGCUAAAGAGACUCAUUGAAGAGGGUAAGAUCAAGUACAUCGGUUUGUGCGAGGCCUCUGCAUCAACAAUCAGAAGAGCACAUGCUGUUCAUCCCAUCACAGCAGUGCAAGUGGAGUUUUCGCUGUGGACAAGAGAUGCGGAGGCAGAGAUCAUUCCCACGUGCAGGGAGCUUGGCAUUGGCAUUGUUGCGACCAGUCCUUUAGGACAAGGAUUCUCUCCUGUUGGUUUCAAGUUGAUGGAGGAUCUUUCCAAGGAUGACUUCGGCCAGUCCCUACCAAAGAUCCAGCCAGAGAACUUGGGUCCCAAAGCGAAGUUAUUCGAUCGAGUGAAUGUGAUUGCUCAAAGAAAGGGAUGCACCCUACCGCAGUUAGCCCUCGCCUGGGUACACCACCAGGGCGAUGAUGUCUGCCCGAUUCCCGGCGCGACCAAGAUCGAGAUAUUGGAAGAGUACGUUGGAGCUCUGUCCGUGAAGCUUACCCAGGAGGAGAUGAAGGAGCUGGAAUUACCCAGGAGGAGAUGAAGGAGCUGGAAUUGAUUGCUUCUUCGGACGAUAUCACGGGUGGCACCCGCGAGGGCAGCAUGGCUAGAGGGAAAAAGCUGUCACUGAAUCUUUGAUAUAUUGAGUUUGAGCAUGGGGCGCUGCAGUGUGUUUUGAGACUAUCUUGUUUGGCUGUUUUAUGAACGGGGUAUUUGUUCACCUGUAAUAAAUUCGGAACUUCAGAGAGUUUACUGUUGUCAUUUGCCUCGGCGGUGAGUUCAA